CUGUGCUUGACCCCUGACAUUUUUCAAGUUGUAUUUUGCCUGUGUCUAGCUUAAUGUCCUUUUUACAAGCCUUGAGAAAGGAAAAGUCCCGAGAUGCUGCUCGUUCUCGCCGAGGGAAGGAAAAUUUUGAGUUCUACGAGUUGGCCAAACUGUUGCCACUUCCUGCAGCUAUUACCAGCCAGCUUGACAAGGCAUCUAUCAUCCGAUUAACAAUUAGUUAUUUGAAGAUGAGGGACUUUGCUAAUCAGGGGGAUCCUCCAUGGAACUUGCGAAUGGAAGGACCACCACCCAACACAUCAGUAAAAGGGAUACAAAUGUGGAAAACUGAGGUCUGCAUGAGAAAGACACCAUGUGAAGUUAUAGGUGCCCAGCGCAGGAGAAGCCCCAGUGCACUUGCCACUGAAGUAUUUGAGUCACAUUUGGGAAGUCACAUUCUACAGUCACUGGAUGGAUUUGUAUUUGCACUAAACCAAGAGGGAAAAUUUUUGUACAUUUCGGAAACAGUCUCCAUCUAUCUUGGCCUAUCUCAGGUGGAACUGACAGGCAGCAGUGUGUUUGACUACGUCCACCCAGGAGACCAUGUGGAGAUGGCAGAGCAGCUGGGCAUGAAGCUUCCCCCGGGGCGAGGCCUUCUCUCACAGGGAACAGCAGAGGAUGGAGCCAGCUCAGCAUCUUCAUCUUCUCAGUCUGAGACCCCUGAGCCAGUGGAAUCCACAAGCCCCAGCCUACUUACAACGGACAACAAUCUAGAACGUUCUUUUUUCAUCCGGAUGAAAUCUACCCUGACCAAGCGAGGUGUACACAUAAAAUCUUCAGGAUAUAAGGUGAUUCAUAUAACAGGAAGGUUACGUCUCAGAGUGUCGUUGUCCCAUGGGCGGACAGUCCCUAGCCAGAUCAUGGGUCUUGUAGUUGUUGCUCAUGCUCUGCCUCCUCCUACGAUCAAUGAAGUCAGAAUUGACUGCCACAUGUUUGUCACUCGAGUAAACAUGGACCUCAAUAUCAUUUACUGUGAGAAUAGGAUUAGUGAUUACAUGGAUCUGACCCCUGUAGAUAUCGUAGGGAAGAGAUGUUACCACUUCAUUCAUGCUGAAGAUGUGGAAGGGAUCAGGCACAGCCACUUAGACUUGCUGAACAAGGGUCAGUGUGUAACAAAAUACUACCGCUGGAUGCAGAAGAACGGGGGUUAUAUCUGGAUACAGUCUAGUGCCACCAUUGCGAUCAAUGCCAAGAAUGCAAAUGAGAAGAACAUCAUCUGGGUGAAUUACCUUCUGAGCAACCCAGAAUAUAAGGACACUCCGAUGGAUAUUGCACAGCUUCCUCAUCUGCCAGAGAAAACUUCAGAAUCCUCUGAGACCUCAGAUUCUGAAUCAGACUCAAAAGACAACUCAGAGGACAAUGAGAAUUCAAAGUCGGAUGAGAAAGGAAACCAGUCAGAAAACAGCGAAGACCCUGAGUCAGAUAGAAAGAAGUCUGGAAACCAGUCAGAUAAUGAAAUGAACUGUAAUGAUGACGGGAACAGCUCCAGCAACCAGGACAGCAGAGACAGUGAUGACAGCUUUGAAAAUUCUGACUUUGAGAAUCAAAAGGCCCCAGAGGAUAGUUUCAGCACUCUUGGUUCUAUGCAGAUUAAGGUGGAGCGCUAUGUGGAGAGUGAGUCAGACCUGCGGUUACAGAACUGUGAAUCAUUGACCUCAGACAGCGCCAAGGACUCGGACAGCGCAGGAGAAGUCAAUGCCCAGUCUUCCAGCAAGCAUCAGAAGAGGAAGAAGAGGAGGAAAAAGCAGAAAGGAGGCAGCAUGACCCGCAGAAGGCUCUCAAGCACCUCAAGCCCAAACGGACUUGACUCAGCCUUGGUGGAUCAGCCCCAGCUGCUCUCGUCACCAAACAGUGCCUCAGUGCUCAAAAUCAAAACAGAGAUCUCAGAACCUAUCAAUUUUGAUAAUGAUAGCAGUAUUUGGAAUUACCCGCCCAACCGGGAAAUCUCAAGGAAUGAAUCGCCCUUCAGUAUGACCAAGCCCCCAAACUCAGAGCACUUCCCUUCCCCACAAGCCAGCAGUAGUUUACAUGUCUCCAUCCCAGACUCUGUUCUUACCCCACCAGGGACUGAAAAUACUGCCAGCCGCAAAUCUCAGUUCAGCACCUCAUCCAACUCCGCCUUGGCUCCCGUAUCCUCUGACCCUUUGUCACCACCUCUGUCAGCAUCUCCACGGGACAAGCAUCCGGGAGGCCCCAGCACUUCCAACUCCUUGUUGUACACUGGGGAUCUGGAAGCCCUCCAGAGGUUGCAAGCAGGUAAUGUGGUCCUUCCUUUGGUUCACAGGGUAACUGGAACCCUUGCUGCCACCAGCACGGCUGCUCAGAGGGUCUAUACCACUGGCACUAUUCGGUAUGCUCCAGCUGAAGUUACUUUAGCCAUGCAGGGCAAUCUCCUCCCCAACACCCACGCUGUUAACUUUGUGGACGUUAACAGCCCAAGCUUCGGCCUAGAUCCUAAAACACCGAUGGAAAUGCUCUACCACCACGUUCACCGACUCAAUAUGUCAGGACCAUUUGGAAGUGCUGUGAGCGCGGCCAGUCUGACCCAAAUGCCUGCAGGGAAUGUGUUCACAACUGCCGAAGGACUCUUCUCUACUCUUCCAUUUCCUGUGUACAGCAACGGCAUUCAUGCCGCACAGACACUGGAGCGGAAGGAGGAUUGAAAUAUGACCACAUACUGU